AUGUUACCUGUAUAUAAUAUUUAUCCAAUGCCUAUGUCAAUGAAUCCAGAAAGAAUAGGAGUUCUAUCUGCUAUAGCACCUCUGAUGUCAAAUCCGGCUGUUCCAAUUUUAUGUCCAUCUAAUCAGACUAAUGCACAUACAUCAACAACAAUGCCUAAUAAAUAUUAUUCACAUAUGUAUGGUCGAUGUCAAAAUCUUAGGCAAGAUCAUUCACAUUAUUCUCAUGUACCUUUUGAGUGGUAUCAACCACCGAAACAAGGAUAUACUAUUAUUCAUGAAGAAAUAGCAGUUAUUACAUUCGAUAGACCUGCACCUAUUGAUAAGUUUCAUCGUUAUUAUAUUCAUUGUAAACAUAGAAAAGUUUGUAAUCAUAAUGAUGACACACAAGAGUCUUCAUAUGAACAAAGAAGUAUUGAUCAUCAACGUUACACUCGAACAGAAUCAGAUUUUGAUGAUAACGACGACGACGACGAAGACGAAGAAGAAGAAGAAGAAAAUACAAGUCUACCAAACUAUGAAGAAAACCAAUCACAUACAGAUGAUAGUUUUAGUUAUACAAAUUCAGUAAAUAGUUCAUAUGAUAACUAA